CAAGGUAAUUCGUUGUUCAUAGGCCAAAAUUAUCUCUAGAUGCACAACCCAAUCACAUACUUGGAAACUAAACACAACGAGUUACAUAAUGGGUUCAAGGGUUGGCUCGCCAAACAAUCUUUACCGGUUGAGGCUGCCGUGGUGACCCUCACUGGCGCCGCUAAGGGCGCAAUCUUCAGUGGUUUCACGGGUGCAUUCGCCAAAGACUCCUCCUCCACUGCACCACCUCCCGACGACUCCGUCAGCCCAAAUACGAUGGCUUCCUUCCAGAAAUCCCAGGCUCCUGCAGGUGGGCCCUUAAUACAUGCCCGUAAUUACGCUGUAAUUUCGGGUGUUAAUGCAGGCAUAUCCAGUGUCUUGAAAAGAUUAAGAGGCAAGGAAGAUGUCCAAACAAGUAUGGUAGCCGCUUUUGGUUCUGGGGUAAUGUUUUCUUUGGUUAGUGGCUCUGGUAACAGUCACGCGAAUGUAAUCACAGCUGGUGUUUUCUUCGCGCUAUGUGAAGGUGUACUCUUUAAGGUAAGUAGGAUAUUCAUACGACCACGAGGUGAAGAUGUGAUGUAUAAUGAAACUAGAGCCAUGUUGUCUAGCCUUGGUCUUGAGAAAUAUGAAAAGAACUUCAAAAUUGGCUUGUUAACCGACAACACUUUGCCGCAGCUCACAGACAAGGCUCUGCAAGACAUAAAAAUCCCACCUGGACCACGACAUGUGAUUCUUGAUCAUGUCCAAAGGAGCAAGGAGGAGAAGAAAGGUGGUAGAAGGACUUAAAAGUGAUUCAAAUGUUGGAUGCUUAUGCACAAGAUUAGAAGAAAUUCAGGAGAAUAUGUUGUUACGUUUUUUUAUCAUCAUGCAAUAAUUAUGAUUAAAGUUUAUUAA